GCUGAUCCCAUCCCAAUAUGUAGCUUUUGUUUGGGAACGAAAGAGUCGAAUCGUGAAAAAAAACCAGAAGAGCUGUUGUCUUGUGCAGACUGUGGCAGCAGUGGACAUCCAUCAUGCUUGAAAUUCUGUCCUGAGUUAACUACAAACGUGAAGGCCUUAAGAUGGCAGUGCAUUGAAUGCAAGACGUGCAGUGCAUGUAGGAUCCAAGGCAAAAAUGCAGACAACAUGCUUUUUUGUGACUCCUGUGACAGAGGGUUCCACAUGGAGUGCUGUGACCCACCGCUUUCCCGAAUGCCAAAAGGGAUGUGGAUUUGCCAGGUCUGUAGACCAAAGAAGAAAGGGAGAAAGCUACUUCAUGAGAAAGCUGCCCAAAUCAGACGACGUUAUGCAAAACCUAUUGGAAGACCGAAAAAUAAACUAAAGCAACGAAUGUUGUCUGUAACCAGUGAUGAAGGAUCCGUGAAUGCAUUCACAGGAAGGGGGUCACCUGGUAGGGGUCAAAAGACUAAAGUCUGUACCACACCUUCAUCUGGUCAUGCUGCAUCUGUGAAGGAUUCAAGCAGCAGAUUGCCUGUUACAGACCCCACUCGGCCUGGUGCCACCACCAAAAUCACCACCACCUCCACCUACAUAUCUGCCUCUACACUUAAAGUUAACAAGAAAACCAAAGGGCUCAUUGAUGGCCUUACUAAGUUCUUUACACCAUCACCUGAUGGUCGCAGAUCACGAGGUGAAAUAAUAGACUUUUCAAAGCACUAUCGUCCAAGGAAAAAGGUCUCUCAGAAACAGUCAUGCACUUCUCUUGUGUUGGCUACAGAUACUGAAAUCAAACUAAGCAUCAAACAAGAAAAUACAGAUGUAUUUCUGGUGGGAAGCAAGGACACAGUGACACAGGAGGAUUUGGAAGUAUUUAAGCAGGCUCGAGAACUUUCCCUGGAGAAAAUUGGGUGUAAAAACACUGGUGAAACAAGUGGACGAUACCCUUCAGUUAUUGAGUUUGGAAAAUAUGAGAUCCAGACCUGGUACUCUUCACCUUACCCACAGGAAUAUGCAAGAUUACCAAAGCUUUACCUGUGUGAAUUCUGUCUUAAAUACAUGAAAAGUAAAAACAUUUUGUUAAGGCACUCAAAGAAAUGUGGCUGGUUUCAUCCUCCAGCCAAUGAAAUCUACAGAAGAAAUGAUCUUUCAGUAUUUGAGGUUGAUGGAAACGUGAGCAAAAUUUAUUGUCAGAAUCUUUGCUUAUUAGCUAAGCUCUUUCUGGACCACAAAACUUUGUAUUAUGAUGUUGAACCAUUCCUCUUCUAUGUCCUUACAAAAAAUGAUGAGAAAGGCUGCCAUUUAGUUGGAUAUUUCUCUAAGGAAAAGCUUUGCCAGCAGAAGUACAAUGUCUCCUGCAUAAUGAUUAUGCCCCAAUACCAAAGGCAAGGAUUUGGAAGGUUUCUCAUUGAUUUCAGCUAUUUACUUUCUAGAAGAGAGGGUCAAGCAGGAUCCCCUGAGAAGCCCUUGUCUGAUCUGGGUCGUCUCUCGUACUUGGCUUACUGGAAAAGUGUCAUUUUAGAAUACCUGAACUGCCACCAUGAGAAACAAAUCAGCAUCAAAGGGAUGAGUCGAGCUACUGGAAUGUGUCCACAUGACAUUGCCACAACCCUGCAGCAGCAUAGCAUGAUAGAUAAACGAGAAGAUAGAUUUGUAAUUAUUAGAAGGGAAAAGCUGAUUUCAAGUCAUAUGGAGAAACUGAAAGCGAAUCCACGUAUCAAUGAAGUAGAUCCUGAAAGCUUGAGGUGGACUCCUUUGUUAGUUUCUAAUGCUGCAGUUUCUGAAGAAGAGAGAGAAGCUGAAAAGGAGGCUGAGCGUCUGAUGGAACAAGCUAGCUGCUGGGAAAAGGAAGAGCAAGAAAUAUUCUCCACGAGAACUAAUAGUAGGCAAUCACCUGCAAAAGUACAAUCUAAAAAUAAAUAUUUGCGGUCUCCAGAAAGUGUGGCAGUGAUGGGGGAACGAGGGCAAUCCACAGAGCAGUCCAAGGAGAGCAGUGAGGAGGAUGGUGGAGAUGAAAACCAGCAGAGUUCACCUCCCCGGCUGACAAAGCCACAGUCACUGACCAUGAAAAGAAAGAGACCUUUCAUACUGAAAAAGAAGAGGGGCCGUAAGCGCAGACGGAUCAACAGCAGUGUCACAACAGAGACCAUCUCAGAAACAACAGAGGUGUUGAAUGAGCCCUUUGAUAACUCAGAUGAAGAGCGUCCCAUGCCACAGCUGGAACCUACUUGUGAGAUGGAUGGGGAGGACGAUGACUUGAAGCCUGUGAUUAGAAAACCUUUUGAGUACCAGCCUGGGCAGCAGAAACAGGAGAAGGAGGAGGAGGAAGAGGAGGAGGAAGAAGAGCAGGAGAAGGAGGAGAAGGAUAUUCAUUGUUACAGGAGUGAUGACAAUUGUACAAAUAACACAGAGGAUGUGUCUGUAUUGGAAGAAAGCACUAAAGACAAUCUUGAACCCCUGAAGAGCAAGCAGGGUUGGCCCAAAGGAGUGAAGCGUGGUGCAUCUAAAUGGAGGCAAAGCAAAGAAAGAAAACCUGGCUUUAAGCUUAAUCUCUACACUCCACCUGAGACUCCUAUGGAGCCUGACUAUCAGGUGCUGGUGGAGGAGCAAAAGGAAGUAGCUGAAGACAAACCCUGCUCAGUUCCUGCUCUUAUGGAGGAAGGGAUCAAAGAGCCUGUGGAAGCAUUGCCACCACCAGAUGAUGAGGUGAAAGAGGCAGAACCUGAGCCUCUGCAUCCACCCAGUGAACCCUUUGAAAAGCAAGAAAAUGAUACAAUGAAGGCUGGGGAAGAGGAGAGGAAUGUGGAAGAAGAAGGUGGAGUCGAUUCAAAAGAUGAAGAAAAAGACAAAGGAGAAGAGGUGUUUCUGCAAAAAGAGGAGUCUGUGCAUUUGGAUGAUCAGGAGGAGGAGGAGGAGGAGGAUGAAGAACCUUCUCACAAUGAGGAUCAUGAUGCAGAUGAUGAAGAUGAUAGCCACAUGGGUUCAACAGAAGUGGAGAAAGAGGAACUGCCUGGUGAGGCUUUCAAAGAAAUGCUGGAAACACAGCAAUCUUUUUUAGAAGUAAAUGUUCCAACUGGUAAUUCAAAUCAAGAGGACUUAAUGGAUUGUGGUGUUAACCUUGCAGCUGAUGAGUGUGAAAGGGACCAGAAAGAACUUGCUACGGAUUCAGACCCGGUGCCUGAAUCUGAUGAUGAUCAUGCAGAUAACACCCAGGACCAAAAAGCUGGUGAAGAAUUACAUUCCGAUUUCAAGGGAGAGAGUUCUGAGACCAUGGAGAUCGACUCAGAGACGGUUCAAGCAGUGCAGUCUCUAACUCAAGAAGCAAGUGAGCAUGAAGAUACCUUUCAGGACUGUGCGGAGACUCAAGAGGCCUGCAGAAGUUUGCAAAACUAUGCCCACAAUGACCAAAGUCCCCAGAUGACCACGCUGGAUGACUGCCAGCAGUCUGACCACAGCAGCCCGGUUUCAUCUGUGCACUCUCAUCCCAGCCAGUCAGUCCGUUCUGUUAACAGCCCCAACGUGGCCCCUCUGGAGAACAGCUAUGCUCAGAUCAGCCCGGAUCAAAGUGCCAUUUCCGUGCCGUCCCUCCAGAACAUGGAGACCAGCCCCAUGAUGGACGUCCCCUCUGUUUCUGAUCAUUCCCAGCAAGUGGUGGACAGCGGGUUCAGUGACUUGGGGAGCAUUGAGAGCACGACAGAGAACUACGAAAACCCCAGCAGCUACGACUCGACCAUGGGGAGCAGCAUCUGUGGGAACAGCUCCUCACAGAACAGUUGCUCGUACAGCAGCCUCACGUCCAGCAACCUGACACAGAGUAGCUGUGCAGUGACACAGCAGAUGUCCAGCAUGAACGGAAGCUGCAGUAUGAUGCAACAAACAAACAUCAGCUCCCCCCCUACUUGUAAUGUAAAAUCUCCCCAAGGUUGUGUCGUGGAAAGGCCUCCGAGCAGCAACCAACAGCUGUCCCAGUGCAGCAUGGCCACGAAUUUCACCCCCCCUAUGCAGCUAACAGAGAUCCCAGAGGCUGGCAAUGCCAACCUGGGGUUGUAUGAGAGGAUGGGGCAGAGUGAAUUUGGAGCGGGGCAUUACUCACAGCCAUCUGCCACCUUCAGCCUUGCCAAACUGCAGCAGUUAACUAACACGCUGAUGGAUCAUUCUUUGCCUUACAGCCACUCAGCUGCUGUAACUUCCUAUGCAAACAGUGCCUCUUUGUCCACCCCCUUAAGUAACACAGGGCUGGUUCAGCUUUCUCAGUCUCCACAUGCUGUUCCUGGAGGACCCCAAGCACAGGCUACCAUGACCCCUCCCCCCAACCUCACUCCUCCUCCCAUGAACUUGCCACCUCCCCUUUUGCAGCGGAACAUGACUUCCUCCAACAUUGGAAUCUCCCACACCCAAAGACUGCAGACUCAGAUGGCCAGCAAAGGUCACGUUUCUGUAAGAACCAAAUCCACUCCCCUGCCACCCGCUGCUGCAGCCCACCAGCCCCAGAUUUAUGGGCGUGCUUCACAGACUGUGGCCAUGCAAGGGCCCGGCAGGACCUUAACCAUGCAGCGUGGCAUGAACAUGAGUGUCAACCUGAUGCCAGCCCCAGCUUACAACGUCAAUUCGGUCAACAUGAACAUGAACACCCUCAAUGCCAUGAAUGGUUACAGUAUGUCCCAGCCCAUGAUGAACAGUGGCUAUCACAGCAAUCAUGGGUAUAUGAAUCAAACCCCCCAGUACCCUAUGCAGAUGCAGAUGGGGAUGAUGGGAACUCAGCCAUAUGCACAGCAACCAAUGCAGACAGCACCCCACAGUAACAUGAUGUACACCCCUCCGGGGCAUCAUGGCUACAUGAACACAGGCAUGUCAAAGCAGUCUCUUAAUGGAUCCUACAUGAGGAGGUAGGCCCUCUGGAGGGACAGACUUCCAAACUGGCAUAUCGGAUUGAUCUGCACAAAUACCUUUUUUUGGAGAGUACGAUUUCAAAACCAGCAAUUGGUGUGAAUGCAAAAAACAUUUGUUGGCACCAUUUAAAAGCUGUAUGCAGCAGAAAGCCUUAUACAAGUUUUUCUUUUUUUCUUUAUUUCUUGUUUUGGUUUCUGUUGAUUUUUGGUUUGGUUUUUUUUUUUUAAUUGUCUUUUUUUUUCUUUUCUUUUUUUAACUUUGUGGAAUUUUAACUUUUCUUCGGGGGGGGGGGAUUAGGUGGUUUUCCAUUUCUUUGUUUAUGUCAUUGAGCUUGAAGUUCUCUGGAAAGGAAGAACUCUUUCUAUGAACUGCAAUUACACAGCAGCUGAUGGUUCAGAGCCAUUUUAUGUGCCUGCUCCCAUUAAAAAUGUGGAUAAAUAGACUCCAAAACUAUCAAGACAGUACUGGAUCGUGAGCUUUUCUCUCUCUCUCUCUCUCCUUUCCCCACAUGUAAAUGCCUUUUAGCAGUUCUUUUAUUGUAUUAUUAUUUUGUUUCUGAAGGUGACACUUCCGCAUGCCGCUAAUGUCUUUGUUAGUGACAGUGCAUUUUGUAGUACUGUACAAGUGUUGUGCUUAACAGUAAGCCAUUUCUUAAGUUUUUUGCCUUGAUUAGGUUACCCUGGUUUGAGGGGUAAAAAAAAAACAAAAAACCAGAACUAUAUUUUUGUUAAUUAUGAAACUUGUAAAAAAUAAUAAAAAAAAAAAAAGCUGCAAAAGCUAUUCACAUUUUGGUUAGUUCAGAGGGUUUUAUUGCUGUAUGUUUAGUGUAAAGUUGAGACUCUCUUCCAUUUUUGUGACCAGUUUCUUUGGGCUGGGGUAGGAAAAAAGGCAGCUUUCUGUUUUAUAAAUGCUGUUAUGUUUUUUUUUUUUGUUGAUUGAAACAUCUCAGUGUUUAUUUGUCAAGUUUUGAAACAUUUUCAUAUAUGUCCAAAUACUUGGCAGGAUUUAAAAGAAAAAAAAAAAAGUAGUGGAUUUGGUGUAAAGUUGCUAUUUUAUGGAAAUGCCUCUAACUUUACAUUUUCAUUCCAUCUGUAGAUUUUUCUAUCUUUAUAAAAUAUUGGAGUUAUUUUUUAAGGGAAAAAAAAUAGAGCAGUAGCGUGUGAAUAGCUCAAACUAAGCUUACAGAUCGCAUGUAAAAAGGCAAAAGUUAUUUGUGUCUGUUUAUAUUGCUUACUUUUUUGUAGCCUUUGUACCUGUACAGAGUGACUGUAAGGGCCGAACAGAAGAGGCUUGAUACAUGUAAAAAUAGGACCCAGUGACACUCUUGUAUUUAUCUGUUAUCUUUUUAGUCAGUCACUUAAAAAAAAAAAAAAGAGAAAAACCACAAAAAA